AAGAAUAAACAUUCAUUGGCUGGUAUAAGAAUGAAUGGGACAUUGAGAAACCACAAGAGGAAUACAAAUCAGAAAUCGAGAAAACCAAAGGUGGAAGGAACAGAUGAAAUUGAUAAGAAUGGGGAAGCAACGAUGACACCUCAGUCACUGGAACCGUUGAAGUUAUCAAAAAAGAUUUUGUCAGAUGAGCAAUCUAAAGAGGCAAAGGAGACUUGUAUUUUUGCAUACGUAGAGAAUAUGAAGCAGGAUAUAAUCAAACAAAAUGAGGAAAAUUUGGAAAUGACAAAAGCUGUGUUGGAAAAGGGUCAUCCUGACACUGCUAUUGAUACCGAGGAAAAUGAAAAAUAUGAAGAGCUAGACUCAUCAACUUUGAAAAAUGAGGUGAUAGAAGUAGAAGAAAAAAAACCAUCCUUUCAAGAUCAAAUUUUCUUAGCAGCUAGCAAUCGAUUAAAAAAACAGUUAUCAAAAGAAAAUAUUCUUCCUCUUAAUGGUAAUAGUUUUAAACUGAAAGAAAGAAAGGAAAUUCAAGAUAUCGGCCAAACCAACCUCGAAACUGACUUGGAGGAUCAACAUUACAGCACAGCAAAGACUUUGCGAAUGGGCAGAAUGAAGCAGGAGGAGACAUAUGAAUUUAGCCAAGUUGAAGGAAUGAAUGUCCUUGACAAUCAAAAUACUGACAUUUUGUUGAAGGAUUGCAGUUCUUCAGAAACAGAGCAAGAGAGUGAUGACUUUAUAGCUGACACAGCUAUUGAAGCAAUACUUGAAGAUUUGAGAAAUCUAAACAAGGACACGCCUAAGAAAGCAGAUGAGUCAAAGCAAGUUUUGAUUCAUGAAUCCAAAUAUGAGUCGAGGUUUAAAUACAAAGAGAAGCACUACAUUUCGAAAUUGGAUCAACAGUCAACAGAUAACUUAACCAUUAAACCAAUGUCUCUACAACUAAGCAGACCAAAGCGAGCUUUACCGGUAAUAACAACUCAACCCCCUCUGCGGAGCAUGCAAGGUGCACUGAUGAUGCAGCCUCUACCCACAACAGACUUGGAAAUCGUCGAUGAUGUUGAUGCAAAAAUCUGCUGUAGUAGUCAAGUGAAAGCAGAUCAUAAUGAAGAUUACUCUGAUCUUAUUAUCGUUCAGUAUAAAAGUAGCUGCAUUGUAGAUUGCCUUUGUUGUUUUGUGUCGUCAUUAAUUUGAAAUAUCAGGCUCACAUUUUGAAACAAAUAACAGUCUAUUGGCUAAGGUAGCAUAAGCUCCAAUCUUCGUAAGACAUAGGUAAAAACGGGAAAAGUUAAUCACAGGUGUUGAGAACAUGACACGGUUUUGAAAUUUUGAAUACCUGUCCAAAAUUCCUGUCUAAAAACUUCAGGGAAAAAAAUUAUUUGACUUUACGGGUUUUAAAUAGAUAAAAACAGCUCAGUUGUAGCGUCAGUCAGUUUUGUUCUCUAUUAAAAAAUUAAACAUGAGAGGAAAAUACUUAGGUAUUGUGAAAUGCAGUUAGACUGAUUCUUAUUGAAUAUGUCUAAUUAUAAGUAGAGUAAAUUGAGGGAAGAGUAAAAUUGGCAAUGAGUACAUAGGAAGAUUGAAUUUCAGUUCUGUUCAUAAAAUUUCCUAAUAUGUAUUAUUCCAAUUUUCCCUCAAAUUUUUCCUUUGACAAUUUCCUUAUUCCUAACCCUAAGACCUCUCAUUUAUUUGAAUUUUUACAUCCAAGCAGCAGAGCUUUCAAAAGAGUGCGAUGAAAUUGAGAAAUGAUUUUGACAAUUUGUCUUAAUAUGUAGAAUUGUAUAGCAAAAUAGUUGGAAUAAGUAAAUAAUAACUUUAAAAAAGA